CCUUAUAAAAUGGACCGCUUCGGUGAAGUGAUCAAACUCAAGACGACCCGCCGCUGACAACACAACAAAAUCUGACUAACAACGACCAACAUGAGGCUUCACUGCAUCUUCAUCGCCUGUUUCGUCCUCUUUGCCCUCUGCUCACUGGCAAACAGCGAAGCCGCCCAAGGUCCUGAUAAAUGCUGCUUUUCUUUUUCCAAUGUGAGAAUUCCAGUAAAGCAAGUUGCCGCUUACCAUAUAACUCAUCUUGAAUGUCGUGGAAGAGGAAUCAUUUUCGUCACAAAUGUUGGAAAAGAGAUCUGUACUGACCUUAAUGAGAAAUGGGUUCAGAGACUGAAGAACAUGGUGGACGCUCGCAACCUGAAAGAGACAGAAACCAGCACUGAGAAAAGUGUUUAAGAUGUGAUCCGCUCUUUGCUAUUCUAACUCUAUACUCAACAGUUUUUGAUACAAAACAUAAUUUAAGUUUUUAUUUAAAAGAGAAAAAUGCAUGCAUCUGUUCAUUGAUUUUGGACAUUGUUAUAAUAUAUUAAAACCAUGUUUAAGCUAUGAUUUCUUUUACAUUUAACCUGUUCAA